AUGGCUACCUCUAUGGAUCUCUCAGAGACCCGCCAGCCUUCGCUAUACGCCUCGUCUACCAUUCCCUUCGUCUUCGCAGUAGCAUGUGUUGGCUCAAGGUUCUGGUGUCGGUGGACCAACAAGGCUGGGUUUUGGCUUGACGAUUGGCUCAUUCUCUUCGCACUCAUAUGUGCUAUUGGACUCACAACCAACAUGCUCUGGUGGAUACCACGCGGGCUCGGCAAACACGUUCUGGUCUUUGGUCCCCAUGUUGCUGAGCUCUUCAACACUGGUCUCUUCACGGCCGAGAUGACCUAUACUGGUGUUAUCAUUUCUGUUAAGUUCUCCAUUGCUGCUCUGUACCAGCGCAUAUUCAGGACCGAGAAUAUCAAACUCCCCAUCAUCAUCCUGAGCGCGUUGGUAGCGAUGUGGGGUAUCGCCGUGUUUCUCCUUACUCUAAUGCAAUGCAUACCAACCCGAGGCUUCUGGGACAAGACGAUUGAGCGGUCUUGUAAUGUCGAUUCCAACAAGUUUCUCUUCGCUAUCUCCAUCCCAAACAUACUCAUCGAUGUCGCUCUUCUUCUGUUGCCGGUUCCUUUCGUGCUCAAGCUCCAUGUCUCGAAAGACCGGAAGGUUAGCAUAAUGUCCAUGUUCCUACUUGGUGGCUUUGUUUGUGUUGCCUCUAUCAUGCGCCUCCUCGCCGUCGUCAAUGAAGACCUUGAAGUGGACCCAACAUGGAAUCUCGUUGAUCAAGGCAUUUGGGCCAAGAUGGAGGCCGAUUUUGCCAUUAUUUCAGCAUGUCUCCCGACGCUCCGACCUUUGUACGUAGCGAUCCGAACCAAACUUUUCGGCACUGUUCUUUCUCAUGGGCCAUCGUGCCCACAAGAAGGCGGCAGCGUGCCAAGAAAGAAGCGAGCAUUGCAGUCUUGGGGCAUGUCCGCCCUUCAGUCGAGAGAUGAGGACACAACACUCUUUCCACGGGUCGACAAGACAGAUGAAACCGACUCACACGAUGCAUCCUUGAGCGACACGCAAAAGGCCACAGUGGUGGGCAAUACCUCUCUUAGAUGUUCAUGCGCCUAA